AUGUCACAAUUCAUCAACUGGGAAGUCCUCACUGGCCAUGUCGUGUUUGCCGUCCACUUUCACGCCACCCUUUGGACAGACCAAGGCCAGAUAGUCUUCAUUUUUGAGAAGACCCUCCAUAAACUCGGCUUCACACACGCACGAGUAGCGGCCCUGAGAUCCAAAGGCCACCGCCACUCCGACGGCCUCUUCCUCUACGAGAUCUAUGACCUAUCACUGAAAGAGCACGAUAGCCUCAUCGAGAGGUUCUGCUGGUCCACGUCCCCCUGCCGCGCCCUGCUCCUUAGCAUUCUCUGGCAGAGCGACCGCACAAUACACCUACUAAACGUAUACGCUUCAAACGACCCUUCAGACAACCAGUGUUUCUGGACCCAGCUCUCUGACAUCUGGAAGCUGAACAAACCCCCGAUCCCGAAAGCAAACAUCAUGCUAGAUGACUUUAACCUGAUCGAGGAUGAACUUGAUCGCUUCCCACCACACGCAGACCAUGCCAAAGCUGUCACUGAACUCAAUGCUCUCAAAACUUGCCUCAACCUCUAUGACAGCUGGUGCGCCACAUACCCAGACACCCGUGACUUCUCCUUCUACCAAGGCAGCACAGGCAGCCAAUCCCGCAUUGGCCGCAUCUAUACAUCACGCAACCUGCUCUAA